GACAUACUUCCAAACUUGUGGACUAUAUGAGUAACUGAGUGAAAACCUCCUUUAACAAUUUAGGAUUCUUCUAUUCUCAGUUUCCUCUUGAGGAUCUCAUCUUCCAAAAUUUGAAUCAAGAAACAAAGAAUUUUCAGCAAGGGAAGAAAGUGGGAUUGCGAUUGUGAUUUUGAUUCAUGGAUGUGUAUUCGUGGUUCCGACGAAGUCUAUCUAGAACUACUACUACGACCACCACCACUGUUAGUGCUCAACCUAACUUUAAGGAGGACGAACUACUCUACGGCGUCACUGACCAAUUACUCGAUUUUAUCAAAUCCUUCUCCAUUGACACCUUUCGCAACUUCUCUCUCCCAGAUGAGGAGGAUGGUAACAACGACGGCGGUGGAGAUAAUGUACGGAAAGAUCUAUCAGAUUGGCGACAACGUCAUGCUUUGCUUGUUCUUUCCAAACUCAAGGAACUCUCACAACUGAGAUUCAAAUUAUGUCCACGUUAUUUGAAGGAGCACCAGUUUUGGACGAUAUAUUUUGCACUUGUUAAGGGUUAUAUUGCCAGAUAUGAGUUACGUGCUAUACAAUUAGAUACGCUGAAACAGAUAAGAAAGGAAAAUGAAAAUGCACCAGAUGUUUCUGCAUGCGAAGUUGAGAUGUCUGAAGCGAAGCAAACAACAGAUGUAUCACCUACAACUUCUGAGGAGCACAAUUAGUAUCUCCCUUGGAUAUAUUAUUAGUUAUCAGAUGCUGCUGACUGCUGACUGCUGACAAUCUGUGCAAGUUAUUAUAGAUCUGUAAAUGCUCAGAAGAUGAGACUUUCCAUUGAGUAGAUCUUAGGAUUAAUGUAGGUUGGUUAAAUUACAUUUUCUGCUUCUUAUGUUGGUUAAGUGUAAGUCAUAUUAAUGUAACUGCUUGGAAAGCUUUAGUUCCCGGCUGACCUCAAUUUAUUCAUGGUAACUAGCUUGAUGAUGUCAAAUAUUAUGAGAUUGCCCAUCAAAUGUCUCUCUGUCAUUGCUAUGUGUUGAAUUCUCAUCUUUUGUAAAGUAUUUCUUCUCGAGAUUGUUGGGUUAAUCCACUGAAGAAAUGAUUUUCUUUCGUG